AUGUCGUCCAUGCUGUUUGCCUUAUCUUUCUUCCUUGUAGCUCCGGCAAUCCUCACCGGACGUGAGCUUAACUAUCCAAGCGAAAAACAGGUGCAUAAAACCCUAGAUCAUGGAAAGGAGAAGCUUUCAACCGUCUUAAUUUCCGGUUCGGUUCUUUGUAUGGCUUGUGGAUCGCUCGGAAAAACUACUCCCACAACCACUUAUGGUGAACCGGUUUCGGGUGCUUUAGUCGCGGUUUCUUGUCAUGUUGGAAGAGGAAAAAACAUACCGAAUUGGUUUGAAGGGAAGACAAGCGAAGGAGGCCGGUUUUCGAUACAUCUGCCGUCACAACUUUAUGUCAUUCCAAAUUUGGAUAAACGAUGCUUAAUUGAAAUUAUAGGUUUGCCUAAGAGUUGUUUGUGUCGCCAUUCAUUUACGGGGAAACGCGUUGGAAUGAAGUUGGGGUCGGUCGAUAAUGGCACGCGAGUAUACAUAGCUAACAUAUUACGAUUGAUGCCAAAACCGUCGCAAAAAUGUGCGAAUUAA